GAUGCCGAGGACGUUGAUAUGGAUGCCGUGCUCGAAGAGUACCGAAAAGAGCAGGAGAAAUUUCUCAAAAUCACAGAGACCGUGGUUGAGGAACCCCCACGUGCCCGUUCAGCGGCGACCUUCCUGGCCAACCCGACCAACAGCAACCAGCUGCUGCUCUUCGGCGGCGAGUACUUCAACGGCUCACUCGCAACCUUCUUCAACGACCUCAUGGUCUACUACAUUGACCGCGACGAGUGGCGCUGCGUCACCUCUCCCAACGCACCCCUCCCUCGCAGCGGCCAUGCUUGGGCCCGCGGCGGCAACCAGAGCAACGCCGUCUACCUCUUCGGCGGCGAGUUCAGCUCCCCCAAGCAGGGCACCUUCUACCACUACAACGACUUCUGGAAGCUGGACCCUACCUCCCGCGAAUGGACCAAGCUCGAGCCCAAGGGCAAGACGCCACCCGCCCGCUCCGGCCACCGCAUGACCUACUUCAAGAACUACAUCAUCCUCUUCGGCGGCUUCCAGGACACCGCCCACCAAACCAAAUACCUCUCGGACCUCUGGCUCUACGACACCACCAACUUCGUCUGGCACAACCCCACCCUCCCGCCAGCCCAGCUCAAACCCGACGCCCGCUCCUCCUUCACCCUCCUCCCCCACGAGCAGGGCGCCGUCCUCUACGGCGGCUACUCCCGCGUCAAAACCACCGCCCCAACCAACAAACAACAACAAUCCACCCGCCAACCCGCCCACAACACCCAACGCAACGUCCUCCGCCCCCUGCUACACACAGACUGCUUCUUCCUCCGCGUGACCCCAACCCCGGCCGACGCGCCCGCGGGCGCCCCGCCCACGGUGCGGUGGGAGCGGCGCAAGAAGCCCGCCAACGCGCCCAACCCGGCGCGCGCGGGCGCGACGAUGGCGUGGCACCGCGGGCGCGGGAUCCUGUUCGGCGGCGUGCACGACGUGCAGGAGAGCGAGGAGGGGAUCGACAGCGAGUUUUUUAAUGCGUUGUUUGCGUGGAAUGUGGAGAGGAAUCGGUUUUUUCCGUUGGGGGGGAGGGCGAAGGAGAAUGAGGAGGAGUUGUUGAGGGGGUUGGCGGCGUUGAGGGCGGGGGCCGGGGUGGAGGAUGAGGAUGAGGAGGAGGGGGGUGGCGGGGAGGGGAAGAAGGAGGAGGAGGAGAGGGAGGAGAGGGUGGUGAGGGAGAUGCCGGUUCGGUUGGAGUUUCCGCACCCGAGGUUUAAUGCCCUGCUUGCGGUGCAGGAUGAUGUGCUGUAUGUUUAUGGCGGCACGUUUGAGAAGGGGGACCGCGAGUUUACGUUUGACGACAUGUAUGCCGUCGAUCUGGGGAAGUUGGAUGGCUGCAAGGAGGUCUUUAACCGGCCGGUGGAGGACUGGGUUGUAUCCGACGACGAAGAUGAUGAUGAGGAUGAGGAUGAGGACGAAGAUGAAGACGACGACGACGACGAGGAGGAGGAAGAGCCAAAGGAGGACCUGUUCACGCCGAGCAAGCGUAAGAAGAAGCAGAGUGUUGACGAAACGUCAAACGCGGACUCUGCGCCAUCUCCCGUCCCUUCAGAGGAAGAGGAGGAAACCGAGUCGGUGGCUACAACAGUUGAUGACGGGCUGCCGCACCCGAGGCCCUUCGAAUCCCGCCGCGACUUCUUCCAGCGCACCUCCAACGAGUGGCAGGAGAUUCUCAUGACGGGCCUCCGAUGGAAGGGCAUCCAACCCGAAUCGCUGACAGUCAAGGAGAUCAAGUCCAAGGCGUUUGAGUUGAGCGAGGAAAAGUGGUGGGACUGCCGUGAAGAGAUUACGCUGCUUGAAGAAGAGCAAGAGGCUGCGGGCAUCAGUGAGGUUGUAUCGCUUGCUGAGAGGGGCGAUUCGGGGCCCGGUGCUGGCGGUGGUGGUGGUGCCCGAAGGAGGUAGAUUAGGUAUUUGGGGAAUAAUUGUGAUUUAUGCUUGCAUGUUGCAUGCUUCAGCGGUAGAAAGGGAAUGGCUUACGAACUAUGAUGGGUGUAGAUACUAGACUAGGGUUACUCUUAGUGUUAGUUACCCAAGAUUGGGAUCGAAUGUCGGACAGAGCCCUAGGCUACCGGUCGGGUUUAUUGCAGACAUAUUUAUAUCAUGCCCGUUGAUUCUAGG